GAUUAUUUGUCCGGUAGGAGGCAGUGUUACAUGUGAGCAGGCCGGAAACGGAAGUAGCAGCAGUGUUACUUGGUGGGGCAGCGUGUGUUGCUUUGUUGUUUUAGCUCCAUCAUCGCUGGAAAAGAGCUGCAGACAUGGCGAGGAACGCCGAGAAGGCCAUGACAGCUCUGGCCCGCUUCAGGCAGGCUCAGCUGGAGGAGGGGAAAGUCAAGGAGAGGAGACCUUUUUUGGCCUCAGAGUGCAGCGAGCUUCCUAAAGCUGAAAAAUGGAGACGACAGAUUAUCAGUGAGAUCUCAAAGAAGGUCGCUCAGAUCCAGAACGCCGGCCUCGGGGAGUUCCGGAUUCGGGAUCUUAAUGAUGAGAUCAAUAAGCUGCUCAGGGAGAAAGGUCACUGGGAGGUUCGGAUCAAAGAGCUUGGAGGACCUGACUACCGGCGUUUCGGUCCGAAGAUGUUGGACCACGAGGGGAAAGAGGUUCCGGGGAACCGGGGAUAUAAGUACUUUGGAGCAGCAAGAGACCUGCCUGGAGUCAGGGAGCUGUUCGAGAAAGAUCCUACCCCAGCACAAAGGAAGACAAGAGGGGAACUAAUGAAGGAUGUGGACGCAGAGUACUAUGGCUACAGAGAUGAAGACGACGGCGUGCUGCUUCCUCUGGAGGCGCAGUACGAGAAGGAAGCCGUGUUGGAGGCGGUGCAGAAGUGGAAGACAGAGAAGGGGUCUCGUCUGCAGCAGCAGCAACAGGAGGAGGAAGAGGAGGAGAGCAUCUACACCGUCCACAACGAGGAGGUUGAGGAUGAGGACAGUCGGGAGGAGAUGGAGGGAGAGGAGGGAGGAGUCGGCUUCAUCGCUCAUGUUCCGGUUCCGUCUCAGAGAGAGGUGGAAGAGGCUCUGGUCCGGAGGAAGAAGAUGGAGUUGUUGCAGCGUUACGCCAGCGAGACUCUUCAGGCUCAGAGUCAAGAAGCCAGAACUCUGCUGGGUAUCUGAUCCGGCUGGUUCUGUCCCGUCUGUGUAAAUAACAGUUGUUGUUUUCAGGUUUUUCUAUGUUUUUCUCAUUAAAUCUUUGAAGCUCA